GUUUUAUACCACGACAUAAUUAUUAAGUUCAUUAAUUGAAAUUCUAAUAAAAAGUUUAUACCUCUCUUUAAAACUAUUGCACUUUAUGCAUAAAUAAUAUAUCUCCGUAAAUCCUGUACUGUAAACAAGUCGGCAGUAAAUCUCUGCGGUACUCAAAGGUACCCAGGUGACCUAAAAUCAAAAAAAAAGAAAGAACAAUGGUCAUUUCGACGGCUAUUUUGCGUACCCAGCUGAUAGGCCUGAACAGCUUCACCGGCACACACAAAGACCAAGCCGACAAGUAUCGUCAACUGUUAAAGUCGGUGCUUUCCAAUACAGGGCAGGAACUGAUUGAUACGCUACGCCUCUUUGUGGAGGCUAUCGUAAAUGAGCAUGUUAGUCUGGUAAUCUCGCGGCAAAUCCUCAAUGAUGUGGGCAUGGAGCUGAGCAAGCUACCCGACGAUAUGUCCAAACAGUUGUCGCAUUUCACACUGGAGAAGGUGCAUCCUCGAGUGAUUUCAUUUGAGGAACAGGUGGCUGGCAUUCGUUUCCAUUUGGCAAACAUCUACGAACGGAAUCAACAAUGGCGCGACGCAGCAACCGUUUUAGUUGGCAUACCUCUGGAGACGGGACAGAAACAGUACUCGGUGGAAUGUAAGCUUGGGACAUAUUUGAAAAUAGCGCGACUCUAUUUGGAAGAUAAUGAUUCGGUCCAGGCGGAGCUGUUUAUUAAUCGUGCAUCAUUGCUGCAGGCCGAAACGAAUUCCGAGGAACUGCAGGUGCUCUACAAAGUUUGCUACGCCCGCGUCCUAGACUAUCGGCGAAAAUUCAUUGAAGCCGCCCAGCGGUACAACGAACUGUCCUACCGAAAAAUUGUCGACCAAGGCGAACGGAUGACCGCUUUAAAGAAGGCUUUGAUCUGCACGGUUCUGGCCUCAGCCGGACAGCAAAGAUCUCGCAUGCUGGCCACUUUGUUUAAGGACGAGCGGUGCCAGCAUUUGCCGGCGUAUGGAAUUCUUGAAAAAAUGUACUUGGAGCGCAUUAUUCGUCGAUCCGAGCUGCAAGAGUUUGAAGCUCUGCUGCAAGACCAUCAGAAGGCAGCCACUCCCGAUGGUUCAUCCAUUCUGGAUCGUGCUGUAUUCGAGCAUAAUCUUUUGUCGGCUAGCAAAUUGUACAACAACAUCACCUUCGAGGAGUUGGGUGCUCUGCUGGAUAUACCCGCUGUAAAAGCCGAAAAAAUUGCCUCCCAAAUGAUUACAGAAGGGCGCAUGAACGGACAUAUUGAUCAAAUAUCGGGAAUUGUACACUUUGAGAAUCGGGAACUCUUGCCUCAAUGGGAUCGUCAAAUACAAUCGCUGUGCUAUCAAGUGAAUUCCAUUAUUGAAAAAAUAGGUGUGGCCGAGCCCGAUUGGCUUGAUAAUCUUAACUAAAAUCGUGACCCAUCAUCAUUGUCAUUAUCCCACAUUGUCAACAUACUCCUCCUCCUCCUCCUGCUCCAACGCUCCCCACACUCAUCAAAACAAAGCAAACAAAACAAUUUUAUGGAUUUCAUUUUGAUUUUAAGAAAAAAUAAAUGAAAUUAUGUACAUUUAA